CGGGGCGUGAGGGUGAAGAGCGCAGAGUUUGUGAAGAGCAGCACCAGCGUAGAGCAGUGCCCGCCAGCUCGCUACCCCGAGUUUGCAGUGAUCGGGAGGUCCAACGUGGGCAAGUCGAGCCUGAUCAACAUGCUGACCGGGCGCAACGCGCUCGCCAUGGUGUCCAAGACGCCAGGCAAGACGCGCCUCAUCAACCACUUCCUCAUCAACGGCGCCUGGUUCCUGGUGGACCUGCCCGGAUACGGGUACGCGCGGGCCAGCAAGGGCAGCGUGGUGGAGUGGAACCGCUUCACCCGCGAAUACUUUGUGGAGCGGGAGACGCUGGUCACCGUGCUGCUGCUUGUGGACUCCUCCAUCCCCCCCAUGCCCCUCGACAUCUCCUGCGCCGCCUGGUUUGCGGAGGCAGGGAUCCCCUUCACCGUCGUGUUCACCAAGCUGGACAAGCGCAAGAAGGGGGCCUCCCCCUCAGACGACAACAUUGCUGCAUUCGAGCAGGUGUGGCUGGGGUGGGCGUGCGGGUACGCGCCCCCCACCGUGCUCACCAGCUCCAAGAGCGGCAAGGGGCGCAGCGAGCUGCUGGCGCACGUGGCGCAGCUGCGGGAGCUGUUCAACAAG